GUAGUAUAAAAGGCGGCCAUGGAACCUCCUUUCGCCUCAUCGCUCGCCGUUGCAGUCACGACACCACAACAGAGACGCAAGAACUAAUUCUCAGGCCGGCCGGACCUCGAGCGCGUCAGUCAGGAUGGCACCCACGGCGGCGGAGCAGCACACGAGGAAGGCGGUGGGUCUGGCGGCGCGCGACGCCUCCGGCCACCUCUCCCCGCUCGCCAUCACCCGGAGAAGCACUGGAGAUGACGAUGUGGUGAUCAAGAUUCUGUACUGUGGAAUCUGCCACUCUGACCUACACAGCAUCAAGAACGAUUGGAAGAGCGCCAAAUACCCCAUGGUCCCUGGGCAUGAGAUCACUGGCGAGGUCAAUGAGGUCGGCAAGAAUGUGACCAAGUUCAAGACCGGUGACCGUGUGGGCGUCGGGUGCAUGGUAAACUCAUGCCAGUCCUGCGAGAGCUGCAACAAGGGCUUCGAGAACCUCUGCCUAGGCAUAAUCCCCACCUACAACUUGGUUGACCUUGAUGGCACCAUCACCUACGGCGGCUACUCCAGCAUGGUGGUGGUGCACGAGCGGUUCGUGGUCCGGUUCCCCGACACCAUUCCACUGGAAAAGGGCGCGCCGCUGCUGUGCGCUGGCAUCACCGUGUACAGCCCCAUGAAGUACCACGGUCUAAACAUUCCUGGGAUGCACCUCGGUGUGCUGGGACUGGGCGGGCUGGGCCAUGUUGCUGUUAAGUUCGGCAAAGCCUUCGGGAUGAAGGUAACAGUGAUCAGCUCUUCGCCGGGGAAGAAGCAGGAGGCCCUCGAGAGGCUAGGCGCCGACGCGUUCAUUGUCAGCAAGAACGACGAGGAGAUGAAGGCCGCGAUGAGUACCAUGGAUGGCAUCAUAAACACGGUGUCUGCAAACAUCCCCAUGGCCCCUCUCUUGGGGCUACUGAAACCCAACGGCAAGAUGAUCAUGGUUGGCCUCCCAGAGAAGUCUAUGGAGAUCCCCCCCUUUGCUCUGGUUGCCACGAACAAGACCCUGGCCGGGAGCCUCAUUGGAGGCAUGAGGGACACCCAGGAGAUGCUGGACCUCGCGGCCAAGCACAACGUGACGGCGGACAUCGAGGUGAUCGGCGCCGAGUACGUGAACACGGCCAUGGAGCGCCUUGCCAAGGCCGAUGUCAGGUAUCGAUUCGUCAUCGACAUCGGCAACACCCUCGACAAGGCCGCCGCCACCACCACCGAGUGAGAGUGACUCUACCUCUCUGCUUUUGUCAGGAAGUAGCAAGAAACAAUCAAAAAUUCUUUUUUUGGGUGUGAAAGUGUAAACCCGUACGUGUACGGGAUACCGUAUUUGUAUUUAUAUGUAAUAAUGUAAAUGAAGGAAGAUAGUAGCAGUACAUGAAUUAUUCUUCGUAUGGCAGAUGUUGCAUGGUAUCCAAAGAAGUCAUAUCUUCUAUACA